AAAAAGAUUGGAAGGCCGAGAUUACAGGACAGAAUGUGUCCUCCUGUAAAUGAGGUUCCUGAUGCAAUUCAGAAUGACAGAACAUGCCAUUUAGAAAAAGAAAAAUCUACCCCUAUGGAAGGCAGAAAGAGGAAAAUGCCAGUUAGACAGAGAACUACACAAUCUGGCCAGGGGCAAAUGUACAAGGAUAGAGCAAUGAUGUCAAGUGACAAAAGAGUUCAUUGUUUGUCUUCAACUGGAGGGACUAGCCAAGUGACAAGAGAACCUGGAGGAGACAUUGCAGGAACACAAGAAAGUGUCGCC